CUUGCCUCGGUGUUUGAGAAAUGGUGUGAGUUGGACUUCGAGUUUCUCGGAAACGUCAGUGGAGAACCAUACAUCCUUCAAACGAAUGUUUUCGCCGAGGGCAAAGGUGACCGAGAGCAGCGCAUCUACCUCUGGUUCGAUCCCACUGAAGACUACCACUACUACGGCAUUUUGUGGAACCAGAAUCUGAUCUUAUUUAUGGUCGAUGACGUGGUCAUCCGAGUGUUUCACAACAGCAAGGAUCUGGGAAUCCCAUACCUGGAGUACCAGCCCAUGUACGUCUACUCCAGCAUCUGGAACGGAGAACAAUGGGCAACUCGCGGGGGAGCAGACAAGACCGACUGGUCUCUGCAGCCAUUCAUCGCGUCGUACAAGGACUUUGACGUGGAUUCGUGCGCAGUUCACAGCGAAGGCAACGACAAGGAUGACUCGCACAGAUGUUACAACAAGCUGUACAGCAGCUGGUAUGGAGGUGCCGAUGCCGGGAAGCUGACGAACAAACAGAUCGACGACUUGAAGCGCAUCCAGUACAAUUACGUGAUCUACGACUACUGCACGGAUGCUGAACGCUUCGACGAGACACCCAAGGAGUGCUCCAGGAACUGGCCUCAGAGCUACCCAGCGUGAGCACACAACUCAAGCAUAACUUUCAGGAUGUAUCAACUCGUGCAGCAGCUGGUAUAAAGGUGCCGAUGCCGGAAAACAAAGCAAGAAGCAGAUUUACGAUUUGUCGUGCAAUCGGUACAGCAAUGUCAUCUGCGAUUAGUGCACGGAUAAUGAACGUUUUUUAUGAAGCACUCGAAGAAUGUUCGGGGAACUGGCCUCAGAGCUAGCGGGGCCGAGCGCAUUCUUAGAACAGUCCUUCUGAGACAACCCGAGGGCCUUUAAGUUUCUCCUUGGCAUUACGGCGCAUUCCGUUCACCUUUGAAAUCGACGAAGCAGGCCAAAGAAUCCAUUGAUAGUCACUGCAGCAUCUCGGGGAUAGUUCGUAGGGCUUGUGGGGCCACUCUGAUUCCCAAAAGCGGAACUUUUUGUUUGGGAAGCGAGUCGACAGUAUUUGAACUGCUGGUAAAGUAGUUGGACCGUAUGUCCGCGGAAUGGUCCAAGUUGAACACGUCUCUUGCAUUCAUUCUUUCUGGAUACGCGAACUUUCUUGAAUAAACGGCACUUACAGAUAUCUG